AUCUAUGAAUUUCUCCUUAUCGACCCACUUAUCACGCCCUUUUAUAUAGAACAUCAGUCCUCUCACCAACAGCUCAGCUCUGACUGUGCGCUUUUUUUUUUUCUUCCUACUUGUUGAAUAGCACCACCCUGCCCUCUGUGCGGAUUGCUCAGUGUUCAAGGUUCAGGAAGAUAACGAGAGGUGAGUGGCUGACGCAGGGCUUGUGUUAUGUUACCAGAGGAUCAUAUUACCAGAGACAGCAGGUUGGCUGAAACUGUAGCUGCGUCCGGAUCGCUGUGACUUAAAGCAAAACAAGAACUGGGACUAAUAAAAAAGGAGUUUUAAAAGAAGAUUACUACUUCGCGUUGUUGGAGGAAGAGAGUUACCAUGGGUGAGAAGCCACAACAGUCGCUGCUGUUGAUUUUGCUGUGUUUGUCGGGACUUGUGCCCCGCUCCGCUGCCUUUGUGUUUUGGACAGCCUUGGUGGAAACACACUAUUCUCUCAGCAACAAUGACACCAUGGCAAAAUACUGCGAGUGUGGGAUUUACGGCCGUAGCUCUCCUCUGGAAAAAGCCUCGGGCUUAGUGGUUCUUCCCAAAGGGGAUCCCACCGGCUGUGGCUCAGGAGCGAUAUACGGCCAGAUCUCCAACUCCACUGACUGGAUCGCGCUGGUGAAAAGGGGCAACUGCACCUUCAGCGAGAAGAUCAACGCUGCCCAUCGCCAGGGAGCAGCCGGGGUGGUUGUGUACAACGUGGAUGGCAGUGGAAACGGCACCACUCACAUGUCCCACUCUGACGCAAAGGAGACUGUGGCCAUCAUGAUUGGCAACAUUCAGGGCACAGAGAUCGCCAGGUCAGUGAAAAACGGGACCGUUGUCCGAAUGUUCAUUAAUGUGGGCAGUCCCCACGGGCCGUGGAUGGACACGUACUGGCUGUACUUUCUUUCCCUUGCCUUCUUCAUCGUGACAGCCGCCUCCAUUGCCUACUUCGUGUUCAUCUCGGCAAACCGUCUGUACAGCCUGGGUCGGCACAGGCGCGCUGAGAAGAGGCUGAAGUCGGAGGCCAAAAAGGCCAUCGGGCGCCUGGAGGUGCGCACGCUGAAACGAGGGGACAAGCUCACCGACUCCGACUCCGUGUGUGCCAUCUGCAUUGAGUCGUACAAGGUGGGCGAGGUGGUGACGGUGCUAACCUGCGACCACAUCUUCCACAAAACCUGCAUCGAACCCUGGCUGCUGGAGAGGAGGACCUGCCCCAUGUGCAAGUGUGACAUCCUGAAGGCCCUGGGAGUCGAGGAAGACGUCAAAGUCGACGUGUCACCGAGUUCUCCACCAGAGGUCACUGUGAUCACGGUGGCAGGAGCAGACACCCUGUAUGAUGUCCCACUGAACGCGCCCAUGAGCCCCGAAGCAGAGCAACAGCAGCAUCACUAUGACAACCGGGCCUUUGAGGAGGACUCAGAGGCUGCUAGAGGAUGAACAGCAGCGGGAACAAAACAACGAACAAUAACAACUCUAAACCCUUCAUGCUGAGCCAGGACAAGCGGACGCAAGGUUCUGAUCAGACAAAACGAUCUCCCAAUCCAGACAUAUGUUGAAAUAAAAUUAAAACAACUCGAAUAAUUCAAGUUAAGAAUGAACUGUUUGUAAUUAAGUUUCUGUCAUCUUAUUAUCUUGGUUAGAAUGCGAUGGAUUUUUAGCAGAUUUGUCUUUAGACGAUGAAGGAAACCAGCAAGUUUCAGAGUGACACCAGAGUCACUUUUCCGUUUUGCAUAGCCAGCGCAGACGGCACUGUUGAUGGACUGAAAGUGCAGGAGGGGGAUUUGAAUAUCUGUAUGCUGCUGGGGCCAAAUUUCUUCCUGUAGCUCAAGUCACUCUCUGUAGCUUUUCACAGAUUCCUUAAGAGGAAAUCAAAUGUCUGUUCAUCAACGACAAUUUAGAUGAUUCCACUUUCUUUCUGUCUCUGUGUUAAAACUGGAUUGAAUUUUUCCAUUUUCAUUUGAGCUGCAGGGCUUUUUUUUUUCUUUUUCGCACACACACGCCCUCAAGACCACACCUUUAACUGGAACAACAGGAAGGUUCACGUUGUACGGCCAUGACCGAAUAAAAUCACCUGAAGGACUGUGCAGCUUUAGAAACUCUCUUGCUGGAACUGGCUUAUCCAUUAUAUGGCAGUGAAAUGAAUGUCAUUGAGACUUCUGAUGAAUUUGUAAAAUUGUUUUCUUGGACAGUGGGGACAUAAUGCAUUACUGUUCUUUCAAUUAUGUAUAUUUAGAUCUCUUUGAAAUGUAUAAAGUUAUUUUUGUUAAUAUGAUAAGAUGAUGCAAACUGUUUGUGUAGUCUUCCACGUCUAAAGAACAGAUUUCCAAGGACAAAUCCUCUGUCUUCCUGGUUUUCAUUUGACUUUUUAGAGCUUUAUUUUGGUUCAUCUGGUCUACCUCUCAUUGAGCUGUUAUAUGGUUAACUUAAAGGAUAUUUUAUAAAUCCAACAUUAGGCAUGUUUCGCUGUAAGUGAUGGAUCUGUUUUCUUCCUUAAACUGGUAAGGAUGUGCUGAAAAUGGUACCUAAUAGCCCUUUUCUAUUGCUGAUUUAUUUCCAUCGGUGUUUUACAGAUUCCAGGAGUCUUAAAUUGAAUCUUAAAAAAAAUAAAUAUAUAUAUUACUUCUGUAUUAAA